AUGAAGCUCCUUCUUACUGGUGCUACCGGUCUUUCGGGAGGUGAAACACUCAAACAAGCCCUUGAAGACUCUUCUAUUGACCAAGUGACAGUGCUCACAAGAAAAACGGUUGGGAAAAGCCACCCCAAGCUAAAGGAAAUUAUAUUUAGCGAUUUUGCUGGUGACUAUUCUGAAGUUAUAGCUAAGAAUGACUUGGCUAGUCAUGAUGCAUGUAUUUGGGCAUUAGGUAUCUCUCAACGAGACGUUUCCAAGGAAGAUUAUAUCAAAAUCACUUAUGACUAUACUAUGGCUGCAGCAAAAGCUUUUAAUCAAGCUAAUCCAAAUAUGAAAUUCCUUUUCUUAAGUGGUCAAGGUGCAGAUCAAACAGAAAAGAGUUAUUUUCUAUUCGGAAGAGUAAAAGGCAAAACCGAAAGGGAAUUGACCGAGAUUUAUAAAAACAGGGCCUUUAUUUUCAGACCCGGAUAUAUUCAACCUUCCACUCCAAGACCCAACCCACGGACUGGAGAGGGGCUUUUUUCCAAACUGACACCAUUUGUCAACGCCAUUAGUGGCCAAAGAUUUGCCAGUCCAUCAGCUGACUUAGCUAAAGCUAUGAUCAAUGUUGCUAAGAAUGGUAGCUCUAUUCAUUUAUUCGACAACAGGGCCAUUAUGGCUGCUGCUAAACAAUAG